AUGGGUUACAACACCCUGCUCCGCGGCUACGGCCGGCGCGGGGACUUCCUGAAGGCCGAGUACUGGAUGCGGCGCAUGCGCGCCCGCGGGGUGGCUCCGGACAUGUUCAGCUACGGUGCGCUGGUGCAGAGCUACGUGGAGGCCAAGGACCUGCCUGGUGCCGAACGGGCGCUGCAGAGUAUGCUGGAGAACGUGAAGAUCAAGCGAUCCAACACCUUCGCAUACAACACGCUGCUGAAGCAUUAUGCUUCGGAGGCACAGGUCGAAAAAGCCGAGAGCCUUCUCGAGAAGAUGCAGGAGGACGGCGUCACCCCCGACGGCACCACCUAUCUGCAGAUGAUCCGCGUGGCGGGGGCCACCGGAGACACCGAAGGCGCCGCGGAGUGGUUGAAGCGCUUGGAGCAGCAGGGCGAAGCGAUCUGGGAGGCCCAUUUCCACGCAGUGAUGUCGGGCCACGCCAAGCUGGGGGACAUGGAGGGCGCUGAGGCCUGGUUCCGGGCCAUGCUGGACGCCGGCUUCCGCCCGGACCUGGUGAGCUUCAACAUCCUCAUGUCGGCUGCUGCCAGUGGCGGCGACACCGGCGGCGCGGAGGGCGUGCUGCUGCGAAUGGCCGAUGUGGAGGUAGCACCGGAGAUGUGGUCACCUUCGGAACGAUGCUCAGCGCCUUUGCAAAGGUGGGCAAUGCCACCGGCGCCACCCAGUGGCUGCUGGAAGCAGAAGAGCUGGGCAUCGAGCCUGACCUCAACUGCUACAAGCAGGUGA